AUGACCACGAUCCGGAUCGCCGAUGAUGCGCGUCAGAACGGCAGAAGUCGCUUGACUGAUGAAGUAGCUCUCCCUAGAACAACAUCCACAGUGCAACUAAACGCAGGCGAAGGCGAUGAUCACAUCUGCAAUAUCCGCACCCAGCCCAGGGUGCCUUCUCGGCUCGUCCGCGGGUCCACAGUGGAUGAUCAACCAGAUGAGGACCCUAGUCUGCGAAUACCUAGCGACUUCAAAGGAAAGCAGAAAUUCAAGGGAAGGGUCCUUAUGUGGCUGGCCUACCAGUCUAUUGGCGUCAUCUACGGUGAUAUUGGGACCAGUCCCCUUUAUGUAUUCUCAUCGACGUUCAGCUCGGCACCAUCACGAAAGGACCUCGUCGGGAUGAAUAUCACCCACCGCGAUCCGAGGGAGGCAUCAAUGGUUCGGAUGAAACGAUACUCGUCAAGCGAGCUCGAACGAACUGGUCGAAGAGUGCGACAUCAUAUCGAAUCUAGCAAGGUUGCUAGAGAAGUCUUGAAAACCAUAGGGGUGUUAGCCGUGACGAUGGUCCUUUCCGACGGCCUUCUUACCCCAGCACAAUCUGUCUUAGGCGCUGUGCAAGGGAUUGAAGUCGUCCAGCCCAAUAUCUCGAAAGGUACAGUAAUCGGUGUCACUGACGCGAUUCUGGUCGUGUUAUUCUCCAUUCAGCCACUUGGGAUCACGAAGAUUUCCUAUGCAUUCUCUCCAAUUAUCAUCAUCUGGCUUGCUUUAAACGCAGGUUUUGGGAUCUACAACCUUGUCAAGUAUGAUACAAGUGUUCUCAAAGCCUUUGAUCCAGGUCUUGCUUUUGAGUUUCUAAUACGCCACGGUGAAAAUGGGUGGAGAAUGCUUGGUGGAGUACUUCUCGCAUUUACCGGAGUCGAGGCCCUCUUUGCGGACCUAGGAGCCUUCGACAGGCGAGCAAUCCAGAUCAGCUGGCUAGGCUACACUUUCCCAUGCAUUUUGCUGGCAUAUAUAGGGCAAGCAGCGUAUAUUAGCGUCCACCCCGAGGCCUAUUCGAACCCGUUCUACAACGCUGCGCCGCGCGGUACAAUCUAUCCCGCCCUAGUAAUGGCCAUUCUUGCCGCCAUUGUUGCUUCUCAAGCCAUAAUAACCGCAACCUUCCAGCUUCUCAAGCAGGUGAUGAAGCUCUCGUACUUUCCCCAGUGUAAGGUUGUUCAUACGUCUCGAAUAUUCUAUGGGCAGCUUUUUAUUCCCCUCGCGAACUGGCUGCUGAUGAUUGGAACUAUUCUGGUGGCGUCAAUCUAUAAUAAUACUACAUCGCUUGGGAAUGCGUACGGUGUCUGUGUAAUGUUUGUGACGUUUUUUGACACAUGCAUGGUCUCGUUAGCUGCAAUGUUUGUCUGGCAAAUCAACCCCUACCUCGUCUUUUUCCCGUGGCUCGUAAUCGCGUGUUUCGAUGGCACCUAUCUUUCGUCGGCACUCACCAAAGUCCCUUCUGGUGCCUGGUUUACGAUCACGCUCUCCUCCAUACUUGCAGCAAUCUUCCUUGUAUGGAGAUAUGGCAAGGAACAGCAAUGGUCGGCUGAAGCUGAGGAUCGUUUUCCUACGUCACACUUUGUGGCAACCGAUCCCGACGGUCAACUGCACCUGACUGAUAAAUACGGUGGAAAUCCCAUCAAAACGAUUCGCGGUUUGGGGAUAUUUUUUGACAAGGCUGGCGAAACUACUCCAGUAGUGUUCAGCCAGUUCGUUUUUAAGCUCACAUCAAUACCAGAGGUAACCAUAUUCUUUCAUCUACGGCCUCUUGAAAUGCCCUCUGUGACCCUGGAGAACCGAUAUUCUGUUUCCCGUCUCGCCAUUCCAAAUUGCUAUCGGCUAGUUGUCCGAUAUGGCUACAAUGAUGAAAUCAUUACAACCAAUCUUGCAAGCAUCCUCGUCGAUCAAGUCCGGAAGUACCUCGUGUUGGAGGAAAUGCCACAGCAAGACCGAUUACCUUCGCCGCCCGUCGCAGCCAUCACCACUGAGGGUCCUGGCUGUUCCCCCUUAGAUAAUAAUGGCACAAACAGCCCUACAACUGAAAAAGAGGCGGAAAAUGCAAGACAAUCGAGCGAUCGGCUAGCCAGACUGCAGAACGCGUAUGAACACAAGGUUCUUUAUAUCAUUGGGAAGGAACAGAUGAAGAUUAAGACUGAUGCUUCAUUCUUCAUCAAGGUGUUCCUGUACCUCUUCUUGUGGAUCCGAGAUAACACAAGGAAUAAAAUGGCUAACCUCCGCGUGCCGACGGACAAGCUGAUUGAGGUCGGAUUCUUGAAGGAGAUAUGA